GUUCGUGGUGUGAUGGGUCAGUGCCGGGUACACCAUGGUUGCGUGCGGGCGUCGCUCUCCAGUCCUCGCUUUGCUGAUGGUGGGUGGCCUGCUGGUGGUGGACGUGGCAGGUAUAGUUGACAAAGAACAGCUGCGGGUUAUAAGGGAGGGUAAUGGGAACCACGAGAGCCUGGCUAGCGAGGGGCAGGUAGAGGAGGCAGGAGAUCAGGACACAGAGGCCUUUCUUGCUGCCCUACUGAGGUUGGAAAAGAUUCUUAAUCACACCCAUGGCUGCGACAAGAGGCUUCAAGAACUCUGGAGAGACGUCACCAUCCGGAGGCUGACGCUGGAGAGGCUGGAGGAGGACAUAUUUCAUCUUAUGGACAAGUACGCCAAAGUGCAAGCCGAGGACCCCACCACUGACGAGUGUCCGGAGCCCUUCGCAGCUCGUGGUGGUGGGUGCUUCUACUACCCCCAUGGGGAAAAAAAUACGUGGGCAGGAGCGAGGUACUCCUGCGUGAGGCUCGGGGGGGACCUGGCUCACCCAGAUGACCUGCCUAGCUUCAAGAAAUACGUAAAGACAAUUGCAUCUGGAGACUGGGGAUACUUCUUCCUGGGCGGCAAAACAGACCCGAAGCUGGAGUUUCCUGCGUUCCGGUGGCUGGACGGGCGGAGCAUCGCCGGUGAAAACAUGUACUCUGAGCUUUUUUCUUUCAGCUCCGACUUCUGUUUGGCUAUGGAGGCCCACAACCGGUUUAAAAUCAAAGCCAAACACUGUGACAACCACAAGAGAUGGUACAUCUGUGAGAUCAAGGUGAAGAAUAAGACAUUGACACCAGGAGGAGAUGACCCGGCUGUACAAGUGUGAAAGUGGAUGGCUUAUGACGCCUCGAUCAUUAGUGUUACCGUGUAGACUGUAGAGCAUGCAGUGAUGACACAUCCAUUGUUCAACUAAGUAAGUACCACAAGCAAGAGUAAUGUAUAUGUAAUGUAUUGCAAAAUUUUAUAACAAAUAAAUACGCUUGACCA